GAAAGAAUAUUUUUUUUUUAUUGUAAGCUUUCCGUAAUUGUAAUUAUUUUCGUUUGUGAUAUACUCGGAUUUGUUAUGUGUGUGUAUAAUAUUUGCAAAGAAAAUGCUAUUCUCGCAGAAUGAAAAGGUAGCAGCAAUCGAUUAACUCGUAAUGCUUUGUUUCAUGUGAAAUAAAAUUUUGUAUUCUCCAUCAAGUGCGAUCAGCAUAUUUGAUUGACCAACAGUAUAUUAUCUCUGUGUGUCAAACUGAUAGUUUGAAAUGGAUUUUUUGGCUUCGAAUUUGCUUGUUCCUACUAAUAGUCGUAGACGUACAAAAGGACGACUACCUUUUGUAGAUUCUGCUGAACCUGUAUUUCCAAAUGAAGAUGAAAAGUUAGAAAAUGAAGUUAAUAUCCCUGAAAAUGAACUAGAAUAUGAUUUCUCUGAGAAUCUAGACGAUGUUGAUGAAGAGCAAGUUACUAUUGAUUUAUCUGAAUUUUUAAAUGAAAAUCCAUUAUUAACUGAACCUUCUGAAAAUUUAACAGAUUCAGGUGCAACAUUAACUGACUGUCAUUCUCAGUUUCGUGUUACAAGCUCCUUAGCAGAUCCAACUCCAGUUCCAAUAGACGAUUUACCCUCUCAAAAAGACUUGAAUGUUAACGAACCAACAAUUGUGACGGAAAAGUGCUUAGAUAUUAGUGAAACUGUUAAUAAUACUCCAGUGCCACCAGAAAAAAUGCCUGAAAUGCCUCCAAAUGUUUUGUCUGAAAAUAAUACAUCAAUUGACUCGACUAAAAUUCUUACAGACAUUGUUAGUAAUAAUAUAAGUCCUCACAAAGAAAACAUACUUAUUGGUGUGAAAUCUUCACCCAAUAAAAACCACAAAGCAAAAUCCACCAAGUCAGCAAAUUUAUUUCAAAAAUAUAAAAAUAUUUCUAAACUGAAAGAUUUUAACAAAAAUAAUAUGGAGGUGUUUGGAAAAUAUCCUGUUGUCAAAUGUGAAAGAUUAGACAUUGAAAAUUUUAUUAAAACAAAUAGCAUCAAAGUGAGAAAUUGGCCAAUAAUGCCUACAAAUAAUCAUUUUAAAACUAAAACCAAUUUAAAUAAAAAUAAUAAUGUUGCCAGGAAGUGCAAAUCUCCGGCAAAUAAAGUACCUAAGCUUUUAAACAAGCCAAUUAGUUUUAAUAGAUGUGAUUCCAAUUCUCAAAAUUUGGCUACUGUUAAUAAAGCUCGAAGCAUAUUAAUUGAUGCAUUAGCAGCUAACUCUUCACCUUUGAUUAUCAAAACUGAUAGUUGGAAACCUGAAAUUGCUAAUUUGACUGGAGGCUCAACUACAUUCGUCAAACCAGAGAAUUUCCAACUGCCUGCACCUCCUGGUUUAACUAAACCUCCUGGAAGUCGAAGAAUAAUUAAAAUAGUACAUGCAUCAUCCCCAUUACAAAUGAAUAAAUUCUGUGCUCAAUCUCAAAAAUUCCCUAUCAUAACAAAUGUUAACAAAGUAACUGUUGGUUCCAAGACAUUUCAACUUGUGUCUCCUAAUACUUUUGUUGCUACAAAAACUGAAAAAAGCAAGCCUGUUACACCAAUUCUUCCCAAACCAAAUACCGAGACAAUUUCACCUGUUCUCUUAAAAGAUUAUACUGUCAUACAACCCUAUGUUGAGGAUCCAACAUCUCCAGUAAAACCAAAGCCACUUCUUACUGUUCCAUUGGAUAUUGUACCUGUAGCAAAUGCUUUUAAUCCACCAGAAUUAUAUAGUACUGCAACAGAGAUACAUUCUCCAAUCAAGUCUCCCUUAAAAUCAGUAAAACCAGUACAAUCUGUAUUUCUCAAUGGAGCGAUAAAUCAGAUAAGUUCUCCCAUUACAGUAGAAAAAGAGCUGCUCUCAAUAAAUAUGACAGAUUCUGUUCAUUGUAAUGAGGAAACAACUUCUUCAAACGAUGUUAAUAAAACAAAUGAUCAUUUAAAUACAGAUAUGUCAAUAAUCUCAUCUAAAUCUACUAUGAUUGAUGCAAUUACAAGUGUCUUUUCUAAAUCACAAAUUAGAAAGCAACCAAAAAGUAAGCAGAAUAAUCUUCGUUCACAUCGUGGGGGUGAUAGUGCAAUCGUAGAAUGUAAAGCUUAUAAUACAACUUUAAAUGACAUGCUUUUUAAUGAUGAUUUUACUGAUGAAAGUUAUUCUCUUGAUGAUAGCAUUGAUAUUUCUUCUGAUAACUGUCUUCCAGAUGCAUCAAAUAAUAUUUUGCAGUCUUCACAAACUUAUCAGUCAGAUCAUAAUUUUGUUCAAGAAAGCAGUACUGUGUCAAGUUCAGAUGAAGAGAAGUAUAAAAAUAAAAUAUUUUCUAAGCAGAAGUGUAGCAAGAAAAAAAUUCCAUCCCCUCAUGAUUCAGAUACUUUGUCUGCGUCUGAGGGGGAAGAAGAAAAUAAUCCAAAACAGAAAAGGUUAUCCUAUACCAAAAGAAAACAUAGAAAGUUAAAUGUUAACACUCUUCACAAUCGUAAAAAACCUACAGACUCUCCAAAAACUACUUCUGUGCAUGAAAAUCCAAAUAUAUCUUCUGAGAAAACAGUUAUGGACAUUUCCUUUAGUAAGAAUGCAACUAACUCAGAUAAAAGAAACAGAGUCUUUAAGAAAGCUGAAGCAGACAUACAUUUUGAAAAUUCAUCAGAGUCUCUGAAAUUAUCUGAAGAGAAAUGUCAUUCAACAAAUAAACCACGUUUGUCCAAAACUUCAAAAAUUGAAACUAGUUAUCUCUCUAAUGCAACUUCAAAAAAUGAUGAAGAUAAGUUAAAUAACUCUACAAAGGAUGAUACACAAGAAAAAGUUAAGACUGUAAAGGAGUCAAAGACUAGUAUUCUUAAUUUACGUAAUAGACAUAAGUCAACGUUAAAAGGUCAAACUGCUGUAGCCCUUGUUAAAAGUAAACGUAUUGGUUGUAUUCGUGCUAAAUUUAAAGUUAAUUCCAAAAAACCAUCCAAUAAUAAGAUGAUGCAUAAUAAUAAAAAAUCAUCCAGAACUUCUGAUAUCAUAGAGGAAAUAAAGACAAUUACAGGUGGAAAUAUUUUUAAUAAAAAGCUGCAAACGAAAGAAAAUUCUGUAUCUGAGAAAAUAAACCAUUCCAGUUCUAAGAAUGUUUGUACGAGAUCUAAAAAUGAAUCUAAAGCAAAAACAGUUUCUAAAGUACCAAAGCAAACUAGAAAGAGUUUGCCUGUUCGAUCUAAAACAAAGAAACGGAUAAAAACUCUUAAAGUUUUAUUUAAACGACCUGCUCCUAAACAGAAAUCAAAAUCUUUGGAAAUGCCAUUUGAUGAUAUUAACCUUACAUUGUUAGAUAAUGAAACUGAUCCAAAUUUUGUAUCAGAAAAUAACACAAAUCUUCAUUCUACUUUCAGAGAUUCAAAAAGUCAUAAAAUGGAUACUCCAGUUAAAGAAGAUCAUAAAUGCGAUGCUGAUGUUCUCCCAACAGAAUUGAAGUCUGAUGACUCAUUAAAAGAAAAUAUAUUGAAAGAAAAUGAAUUGCUUUCAAAUGGAAUUGAUAAUAGCUCUGUAGAAAAUUCUGUAGGUACUGAAAGUGAGGAAUCUCUUCAUGGUGAGAAUAAUAUUUGUAUUUCCGAAGAAAUAAAAUCUUGCAGCAUUAGUGGCAAAGUAGAAACACCGGAAGAUAUAUCUCAAAAUGAAAAAUCAAAGACAAUAAAUUCUUCUUAUAAUAAACAACAAACUGAUACACCUAUCUCUGAAAAUCUUUCUUCAUCAUAUAUUUUGAAAGAAAAUGAUUUAGAUAUUUCAAAUGAUUCCAACUUAGUCAUGCCAUCUACUGAACACUUGUUGAACAAUGUUUCUGAAGAUGCUGACUUAGAUCUGAGAGAGAAAUUUCAAGCGGAAAAUUCCAGUGUUUCAGUGCAUGGAUUAUCUGAGGAUAUAACAAAUGAAAAUAAAAUUUCUUCUGAUGAAGAGAUUCUAGAACAUAUUCAGUCUGUAGAUACUACUAAUGUUCUUAAAGAAGAUACUGCUUCUGCAUGUGAAAAUGUACAAGAAUUUGCUUGUAAAUCGAAUGUUAAUACAUUGUUUCAAGAUGAUAAACCUGAAAUUAAUUCUUACUGUGACAAUAGUUGUAAUAAUACUUCUGUUUCUGAUGAAAUACAGAAGAAUAUUAAUAAUCCUGAUAGUAAUAUAAUAAUUGAAGAAAGCCAUGAAGCUAUUCAAACUUGUCACAAAGUUCCAGAAUAUGAUCUUAAUAAUGAUGUGGUUGAAAGCAAUAAAAUUGAUGUUGCUACUGAAAAUUUAAAAAUGAAUGAGCAUAAUUUUGAUGAUGCUAUGCUUGAAGAUAGUGACAUUGGAAAAGACCUAGAGAAGGCAUCUGUUUCCGAAGAAAUACAUGAUAAUGAUCAUAUUCAUGUAAUAGAUGAAGAUAUUGGAAACGACCUAGGAAAUGCAUCUGUUUCUGAAGAAAUACAUGAUAAUGAUUUUGCUCAUGUAAUAGAUGAAGAAACCAAAGAAAUUAUACCUUGUGAUGAAAUACAAAAAAAAGACCAUAAUCCUGAUGAUAAUAAAAUAGCUGAAAAUAUUAAUGAAAUAAACGAUACUUGCAUGAAAUAUCAUGAUUCAAUUAAUAAUAGUGCUUCCUAUAAAGUUGCAACUAUUGUUGAAAAAAUUCCGAAAGAGAAUCAUAAUUCUGAGGAUAAUAACCUUCAGAAUGCAUUAGAUGAUUCUAAAAUUGAUGACGUUUCAUCUCACAUAAAAGAUUAUUCAUUUUCAGAAAUUGAAGAAAUUCCAGAGAAAAAACGGGGGCGUAAACCUAAAAGAAAGUCUUGUCCUAAAAUUAAAUUAUCUGUUGCAAAGAAGACAGAUGAUUUAGAAUCUGUUAGUAGUUCAAAAAAUUGGUAUAUCUCUGAACGGAAAGAAUCAACUGAUUCUACUCAGUCUGAAGAACAACAUAAAAAAGAUGAAAUGGAUAGUUCAAAAAGAGGUAGGAAAACUGCUGCAAAAUCAUCUUUCCCAGUGAAAACCUCAGAUAAAAAUGAACGUAUAUGUUUUGAGACAGUUGCAGAAAUACAUGCUGUUGACACAGACAUAAAUCCAUCCUGUGGUAGGGUUUCAACAGAAAUUAAUGUUAUUUCUAAUUUUGUUAAUAAUGAUUCCCCUGAAGUUUCUAGUAAAGAGAAUGAAAUGUGUUCUGAAGUAUCAGCAGCGGACUUGUCUAGUAAUACAUGUACUAGACUUACAAAAUUUGUCGCCAAAAGAAAAUCGACAUCUGUAAAACCUUCCACUAACAUACUUAAAAUCAAAGAAGAGCCUGCGCAUAUCAGUGGCAAUUCUGCUUUAGAAACUACUGCUAAUAUUAAACUAGAAAAUGAAGAAAUUACAAAAGCGAUGGAUGAAAUUACAGUUGAUACAUCACAUUCGUCUUCAAGACGAAAAGGACAGCCCAGCUCAACUGUAACUAAAAAGCUUAAAAUCGACACAGUGGCUGCUAGUGCUCCUGUGAAAAAUCAAAUACAGAAAAAAGUUAUCAAGAAACCCAGUUCAAAAGGUAUUGCUGAUUCACCAAAUGAUCAGUCUGCCAAAUUACCAGAUAAUACAGGAAGAGGAACACCAACAUCCUGCCCCAAAAGUCGUAAAAAGAGUUAUUCGCCAAAAGCAGUUAUUGUUCCUUUUUCAUUAGGUUGGAUGCGAGAACUUGUACAUAGAUCUACUGAAGACAAAACAGGGAAGAGAAUGUCAGAUGUCUAUUACUUCUCUCCUGAAGGCACAAAAUUGCGUUCAAUGAUAGAGAUAUCCAAUUAUUUGUCGAGGCAUCCAGAGAGCAAGCUAACUAUAGAAAACUUCACAUUCUGGAAAGAACUUGUUUAUCGUGAGCCUUUUGAAAUUGAACGAAGUGCAAAGCAGAAGUCAGCUUUUGGAACAUCUUCUGAAACUUCUCACCAGACUUCCAUAAAAAAAUAUAUUAAAUCUACUGCACCUAAUAAUAACUCUUUAAAUUCAAGUAAAGAAAAGUCUCAAAAAAUAAAUAUUUCUGUAGAGAACAAAAAUACACCUGCAUUUGCCAAGGAGAAACGAACUAAAACAUCAAGCAAUUCUGAUGAGAAAGUAGAUACUAUUGAAAGUGAGAAGAACAAAAACAGACCUGCAUCUUCCAAGGAGAAGCAAAAAACUAAAAUUGCAAGCAAUUCUGAUGGGAAAGUAGAUAUUGAUGAAAAUGAGAACAAAAAUAGACCUGCAUCUUCCAAGGAGAAGCAGAAAACUAAAACAGUAAGCAAUUCUGAUGGGAAAGUAGAUACUGUUGAAAGUGAGGAGAGUUCAGAACUACCUGUGAAAUCACCUGUUGCUUCCAAUGCAAAGAAAAAAUCUGAAAAAUCCGAAAAGGUCUCAAGCAGUAUUAUGGAUACUGUUGAAAACAGUGACAAUGUUAGUUCUAGAUCUUCUAGAAAAAUAGUAAAAAAAGUUCCUUUUGACAAUUCUGAAAGUGACAAUUCUCAGCCCAGAGCAAAGCGAGGUCGCCCAUCCAAAUCUCUUAAUACAAGUGUUCCUGAACUUGAAAUUACAAAAACAGUGAAUGAUGUAGAAUCUUCAAUCAUCAAUACUCAUUCAAACAGAAGUAAACAAACUGAGACAAGAAAAAAUUCGUCUAUUCUUAUUAAAAAUGAUAGUAAAUCUACUGCAACUAAGAGAAGACCCAAACUUAAUCUCGUGUUUUCAAAAAAUAAUUAUUCUGGAAUAAUUCAACCACCUUGUUCUGUUCGAUGUGCUAUUUCUAUUCCUCAGCGUCCUACAAUUCAGUGUGCUAUAUGUCUUUGUUUGUUCCACCCAAAUUGUAUUCCAAAAUUGGCUGAAAAGGUUAUAUUUGCUUGUAAGUCUUGCACAUUGCAAAAAUUGGCAUUAUAUGAAAAAGAAAGAAAACCCUUUAGUGCUUCAGAACCUUCUCUACCUGAUGACUCCUUAAAUUUUGAUUCGGAUAUAGACAUGUCACUUUUAUCUCCAGAAGUUAUACUCAAUGAACAGACUGGAUCAGUUACACUUCCGUUAACAAAUGAAUGUAAUGUUCUUUCUAAGAACUCUUCUUCAAACAUUCCACAAGGACCAUCUGGAAUCAUUCAUCAUUCAUCAGAUGUAGUAAAAAAUGUGCAGCAAGGAAAUCGUACUACAUCUUCACCACAUCUGUUAUCUCAUUUAUUAAAACCAACUGCUCGGUUAAAUUCUAGUGCUUUGACUGUUGUAUCUAAGCCAACAAAUCAGAAUUUAAAUAGUUCGUCUCAUAUGUUGAUUACAAAAGAGACUGCAUCAAGACUUUUCCAGUGUGGUGUGCUAGCUCCUGGAACAAAUAUUUCUGCAGCAAUGCCAUUAGCCAUUAAAAAGUUACCCGAUGGUCGAAAAAUAGCUGUGCGUAGCUCUACUAAUAUUCUAUCUUCACUGAAUAAUAUUAAUAAUUCUGCUUCACAAAAUCCCAUUUCAAAUAUUAAUCCCAAUAUUCAGAUUCUGUGUAACAUUUCUGAACAUGUAAAUGGCAAUUUAUUUUCAAGCAUAACUAAUCAAUCGGGUGGCAAAGCAUCGGGUAGUAUAGGGAAUAAGUAUAAUAUUCAGAAUGUGAAAUUUGUUCCUACAGAUCGUACAAUUAAUUCUAUUAGAGCAGCCAAUUUGCUGACUAAUUUGAAGACCAAGCAUGAAUUAAACUCAAAGAAUUGCAAAUCAUCAUCUACUUCAAAUAAUACAUCUGAAUCAUCUUUGUUUUGGGACAUGAAUGAGACAUCAUGCAAAUACCUGCUUAAUAUUUUUAAAAGAUUAAGCAUUCCUGAUCUAUUAAGGGCAGGCCAGGUUUGUUCAAGUUGGAAACACGUAGCAUCACAAAGUGUAUUAUGGGAAAGAGUUUCAUUUCAAGGACUUUCUAUCACAAACUGGGAAAAAUGCUGUCUUACUUUGAAAAAAAAUGGAACGAAAACUAUAGAUUUGCAUGGCAUUGUGCAGCAGAAUAUGACAAAUUCUUGUAAAGAUUUGGAAAUUCAUGUAGUUCAUUUAGCCGGAAUUGAAGAGUUAACAUUUGAUCAAAUAACUCCAUCUCUCUUAAAGAGCCUUUCUUUAAAUUUGCCUCUGCUGCGCAAGUUUGAGUGCCAUUUUGUAACAACUGCUUGCUCAGAACCCGAAAUAUGGACUGUCCCAUGUGAAUUGCAAUUAUCUUCAUUACGAUACCUUGGAAGACUUGUAAAAUUGAAAAUUGGCUCUGGUUCGAGAAUUGAAUUAAAGAAUAGCGAAGAGUUUGUCAUGCCUUAUUUACCACAUCUUAGACACGUGACAUUGACUGGCUUCAACUUUUGUUCCAAUGUGAAUUUGGAGAGUCUUUCAAAACAGAAAGAACUGAUUUCUCUUGAGUUAGGAGAUUGCAAAGAAAUAGAACCAGGGAUUUAUUCAUUACUCGAAAAUUUGACUAAUUUAAAGAGAUUACGUUUAGAAAAUGGCGGAAAUGUGGAUGACUAUAGAUUAUCUGAAGCACUAUUAAAUAUUAAAGGAUUGGAAGUACUUGAGUUGAUGAAUUUCAAGAUUUCCAAAAAUUUAUCUGAAUCUCUUAGUGAGUUAAAACAUUUGAUUCAUCUGAAUGUUUGGCCAGAUAAUACAGAAAAGGGAGCAAUUGUAAAUAGAAAUUUAUUCCAUGCUAUUUCAAGUUGUAAGAACCUUAAAUAUCUGUGUUGGGGUAUCAUAGCUGAAAGUCAAUGUGUUCCAAAAUUUUUAGAAAUGGAAAAUUCAAACGAGCUUACUUUCGAAAAUCUUUUUAAGGGCUUGGUUGCAUUAUUCCCCGAAAGCAGAGUGGAAAUGAAAUGGGCUGCUAGAAGUUCUUGGAAGGAGUUCUGUAGCACCCGGAAAUAAUUUUUGUUAGUGGACAUAUUUUUAGUUUUGCCAUUAUACUGUAAAAAAUGCCAAACAAUGUUUUUGUUAAUUUAUUCCAGAUUUUGGCACAAAAAUUGUUUGAAAAAAUUCCAUUUAAUGUUGUAACAUACUGGAAAUGUAACCAUAGGCAGCUGUUACUAUCAUGUAUUGUGUUUUUAUUUAUGUAUGAUGGUCUUUCUUGGACCCUUGUCUACCUCUCAUUGAAAAUAAUUGAAGUAUGGUCUUAGAUAUAUGUCUUUUGUUACAUUUUAAAAAAUUGUUUAAAAUAUUGCUGUAAAAACCAUAGUUGUUACUUAGAACUUCCUGUUGAACUCUUGUAUGUUAUAUAUAUUAAUGGAUAUAUAAGGAUAAAAUGCUUUGUAACAUUGUAAUCCUACUUAUGUUUGCAAAAUCAGCACAAUGUAAAAUAAAAUUACAUAUGAAUAUUAUGUAUAAAAUUGUACAGAAUGUAAUAAAUGUGAUGCGAAAGAUGUAAAUGUUUUUAACUGUGAUUAUAUUCAUGUAAAUAAAAUUUCUUUGUUGUGUAAGUUUGCAGUUAUUAAUCAUAAAUAAAUAUCAGGUGUAUGGAUUAUUAAUAACUUUUAGAUGGUAAUAUGUGAUCUAAAAUGUAUGUUACAGCCUUACUUUUUUUAAUCAUUGGUU